AUGGGGGAAGAGCACGAGUCCUACUCCUUUGAAUUAAUGGACAUUUUGAGGUACAAAGCACCCGAUACCUUCCCAGAAGGAACCUCUCAAGAUGUGAUAGCUGCUAUGGCGGAGUAUACGCCAAGUCACUUACUAGAUAUCUACUUAUUAGCGGGAGAUGUGCCUGUUUGUGCUCUCUUACACCCACGUCUCUACAGCCGGAUUUUUAAAGGAUGGCUGCGGAUUGGGAAUGUAGUGGGGAUUGCAGAGUCAAUUGAAGAUAUGAUAAUUGAUUUGGAGUUACUUAGUGAUAUUGAUCCGAGUGAGGAGGAUAGAUUGAUCAAAGCUAAGAGAGAGAUUUAUUUGACCAUGCCUUCUCCCCUGUAUCACCCCCGCGGGCACUACAUUCCACUCCUAUCCGAUGAUGAGCUCAUUGAGUGGGAUAGAAGGUGGAAGAAGUACCUGGAAGACUACACCGAAACCAUUGAGGACCAAAUAAUCAAUCCAAGUGAUAUUGAUGUAGAACCAGCUGCCGAAAGUGAGCAAGAACUUUGGCAGAAGAAACGCCGAGUUAAAGAAAGAUUGGGAUAUACUAAGACUAAAAACAAUGUAAUGAAAGGCCGGGUUCUCUUAAAAUCAAAAUUAUUCACAUUCCAAACGAAGAAACCAACAAUUCCAAUCUUCUUUUCCUUUAUUCUAGGGACUGCACACGGCUUAACUAAGGUUUAUGUUUGGGAGUCAGCGGCGCGCAAGUACUUCUGCCUGCAAGAGGGCGACUCAGUGGCUAUCAGAGGAUUCAAAGUCAAAAGAAGACAGGGAACGUUACUACUAGCCGACCGCACCAAUUCCGAUGCAGAUACAAAGUACGCCCGGAUUCCUGAGAUCUCGGUUAAUUUAGCAGAUCCCGCCGGGUAUAUUCUAGAGGUGCCUGAGAGUCAGUUAGAAGACUGUACUGUCGAGCUAGAUCAAGAGUUCACACAAAUCAAAGGCACUGUGGAGUACGUGAGUUCUCUGCUGCGUACACCCGAUAAGAACCGAGGCGAGAAGAAACUGCGUGAGUUCAUUUAUUUACGCGUGGCCGGCCAGAUCAUUAAGUUGUUUAGCAAUGGUGUAUCCGGAAGUCUGCUUAAAAUUCGGGCCGGCAAUUACGUUGAUAUCAGGCACUUACGCCAGUGCACAAUUGGCCCCUUUAUUUUCUAUCUCUCCUCUAUCUACACACAGUACUAUCUAACCGAGUACGCAUUUCAUACAACGGACUACUACUCGCUCACCCGCCCAUCCACGGGCACAGCUAUUGAAAAUGCCAUUGGCUAUCUGCCGGUUCCCUUUAAAACCACCGAAGAGUACUUUCAAGCCGCCGAGGACGGACUAGGUCCUCUCUACCGCCAAGGCGUAGCUAUCCCCAAAAGUUCCCCUGAUGCCGCAUAUCUGCGCAAAGAACGAGAUAUGUACUUUGGAGAUAUCAUCUCUGUUUCAGCUGUCAAACGUAAGGUAGAACUACUCUAUAUGGACGAGGUCGUCCGCUUAGUUGUCCCUGGACGAAUCCUAGGAGUCAGGCACCAGAACUCCGGCGACCAAAUUGGCGAAACUCUAUUCGAUAUUUCCUAUAGUGCCACCGAAUGCACUCUGCCAGAAAUUGAACACUCUCGUUCUUCUAUUAAUCCAGAGCCUACAACCGAAACUUCUUUUAUUGAGACCGUCGAAGAAAGUGCUUUUCUUCGCAUUGGUGAUGAAAUGAACUAUCUUGAUAUCCAGAUUUUUCAAAAUCAUUUACUUGAUUCUACUUCUUUUCUAGGUACAGUAACUGCCUUCUUCAAAUCCGAAAGAACCAGUUUAUCAGUCUACGAAGAGAUAAACCAAAAAGUUGGUAUGUACUUCCACUUUGUCCUAGAUAUCGUUCGAAUUAGUGACAAGACCGUUGUUUAUAUCGGGGUAGCCGCUCUAACCCAGUAA